CUGUUUCCUUGGUUGAUUCUCAUCUCAAGCUGAAGGACAUGACCCUGUUUUCAUAAUCAGUGAAACGAAACCUCACUAAAGUGACUUCCACUCACUGAGACAGUGACAGAACUGAGACCUCCAUUGUAAAACCGUCUACAGGCUGUCCCAACACAUUUGUCACAAAAGCUUUAAGCUGGAGAGCUGGCGAAGAAGGCGCCGUCCUUUGUUCAUUUCAGAGAGAUGGUAAGCUGUAUUCACGGCCGUUGUUACGUCAUCUUCAGGCCCAACUACACGGAGACAAUCUCAAACAGGGGUGACCAUGUGACUUCUGAAACACUAUGCACAGGGCCAGCAGAGAGAAAGCUAAAGACAGUAAGAUAACUUACAAAGAGUCUGGAGUGAGCAACUGAUCCUCAGACACAAGAACAUCCUGAGAUGAAAGUGGCGUCAGUCUGAGAACGAUCAGAGAACAGAGAUUGUGUGAGUACAUUAAAAUGAUGUGAAAUGAAACACAACCUGUGGUUAGGGGCCUCAGAGUCACGUCAUUUCUGUACCACUGUUUUAGAAUAUGUUCACAACCGGUUUUUCCCUACUCUGCUCUCAUUUCCCUUUUAUGCCUCUAACAACACAAUCAGAGAAGAAUCAUCUUUUAUACUUUUUAAAGCUUUUCUAAAGCAUUUAAAAAAUGCUUUUAGAUAUAAGUAAGCCGCUUACUUAGGAAGAGCUAGAAGCAUGACGAAGCAUCAUACAAAAGCAAAGGAGUGGGGCAAACUCAGCUCCUAACAGCGUGUAGACACAUGGAUAAAAGCCAGUGCAGAAACCCACGCUGUUGGUGAAGCAGCCUGCAGCCUCCUCAGCCGUGUGAGAACGACCGUGCACCCCCACCCUCGUGACGGAAGCUGCCAGCUGCACAGACCACAGACCGGAAAGACAGAGGACGCCCGGCUCUCACAUUUCCCAGCUGCUUUUCUUACAGAUAGAGGGGGAAAGUGACAACCCUGGUCCUCACCUCCCUCCACACAUAGAGAACGCCAACAUCUCAAGGCUUGUUUGAUGUAUAACCAGAUUGAUCUUGUUCCCAAAAGGGGGAACGACAGUCAGAAGAACGAAUUGGAUGCCUGGUGUCAUGUACUUUUACUUAAUUUAAUUUUUUUAAUUACUUAUUUUAGCCAGACUUUCGAGGAACUCCACCCAAGAAUGACUGACAUGAUGGCUGCCAGGUGCUGCCACCAGGGUUUGCUGGGGUACAUUCUUCUGCUGGCUAGUCCCCGCCCACGCCUAAACGGGUCUGCAGACGCCGCGACAUCUGCAAACAGCAUCUGAUGAAAGGGAGGCAGCGAGUCCCUCGGUCCCCUCGCCGCAGCCGCGAUCGCUCCUCGGUGCGUCAGCGUCCCCGACCCUAGUGCGGAGAACUGACCCGGCGCCCGGGGGACCGUCCUCGGCGCCCCCGCCCCAUCGGGACCGGGACAGACGGGCAGCCACCACCGCGGACCGGCCUCGUCCAGGACCGCGCCCCCCGCCCCCCCGCGUCCGACCCGAGAAGCAGGUUGUCCUCAGUUGUCCUGGAGCGAACACACCGGGCAGGGCCCACUGGUGAACGUUUAUAAACACGCCUGGCUACUUUUGCGCGUUACUCUCCUAAAAUGUCGCUGCCAUCUCACACUGCACGUCUUCUUUGGAAGAUUCUGCUGCUGAUAGAAGCCUGGCAGACUCUGGGCCAUGACGCUCACUCUCUUUGCCUCGACCUCACUGUCAAACCUCAGGCCAGACCUGGACAACCCUGGUAUGAAGUCCAGGGCUCAGUGGAUAGAAAGCCUUUCCUUCAGUAUGACAGUGACAGCAAAAAGGUCAGAGCUUUGGGUCUCCUGGGGGAGAAGGUAAACGCCACCAAUGCCUGGACAGACUUGACACGAACACUGGGAGAAGUGGGGCAAGAGCUCAGGAUGGUCCUGCCUGUCAUCAGACUGGAGAAGAACAGGACCAGGGGUCUUCCCACCCUGCAGGUCAAGCUGUGUUGUCAGCGGGAAGCAGAACGAUGCACUGGUGCGUCCUGGCAGUUCAGCAUCAACGGACAGACAGCCGUCUUUGACACAAUGAGCAUGAACUGGACAGUCAUUGAUCCCGGAGUCAGAGGGAUCCAGGAGGAGUGGGAGAACAGCCAGGACCUGGCAGAGCAUUUCAGGAAGCUCUCAGCAGGAGACUGCAGUCACUGGCUGAGGGAAUUCUUAGAACACUGGGAGAAAGUGCUGGAGCCCACAGAACCACCAUUAAAGACCCCAGACACCCACCAGUCUUCAUCCAUGUGGAUAAAUCCAGGGAUCAUCGCAUCAAUCGUCAUCUGCUUAGUCCUAAUUGUCUCAGUCCUAAUUGGCAUCAUCGUUAUGAAAUGUAGGAGAAGAUCUGGUACCAGGGAAGCCGACCCAUCAUCUGAAGCUUCUUCUCUGGACCAUGAGAAGGUGAUGUUAGACCAAAUUUCGGUCACAGAACUGGACUCUUGUUGACAGUCUGGCUGCCAAUCUGAUAUGCAAUCUUCUACUCAGAGGUGGGUUUUCCAGGAAGCUACUGAAGCUCAGCUCCAGGACCCUUCACUUGCACGAGCUCCUCUCCUGCCCUAGAAGGGGCCUCGCAAUGUGCUGACUGGGUCAUUUUGAGAAAUUUGCAAAAGUAGGAUAUUUGCUGACAAUCAUGAGGACAGCCCGUUUUACUCUGACCCUCUUUCCAUCAGGCUUCCCUCUGUGGCAGGUGGAACUGGAGCCACUGCUGACAUUGUUUUAUUCAAUUAAGAGGAAGAAUAGUUAGGAACA